AUACAAACCCAGUGCUGCAAAAAUCCGAAACUGACUUGUAUGUAAAAGUAAAUACUACAACAUUGUAUGUGAGAGUGGAAGUGGGAAGAAAAUCCAUAGCAGAUCCACCCCACGUUAUUAUUUUAUCUUUCUAGUUUCCAAGACAUUAUUUUGUGUACAUUCAUCUUUGAAUCUGGGAUGCUCCAAACUCCUAGAACUGUAACUUUUUUCAACUUUGAUCUUCCUUAAUAUCCAUAUCCACACUCCGAAAGGUUUAAAAUUAAAAAACCCUCUUCAGAAAACAUAGGACGAACAAUAAGAACAAAGGAACUUCCAAGGGGGGAAAAAGCUAGUCAUAUUUUACUAUUUUUUUUUUCCUUCCUGCUUUUUCUUUUGUGUUGUGGAUGUCUGACUGAUAUAAGCUCAUUUUGUUUGACUGCAUUACAACUUGUGGGGUGAGACCAAAUCAUUGCACUCUCACUUUUGUCUGGAAAAGUUAGGGUCUUUUGAAUUAACAUUUGCACCUUCCUUUGGUUAAAACUCAAAACCCCCUUUCAGCUUUUCUAGAUUGGCGGGGGAAACUAUUAUUAGGGUUUGAUUCUGAUGUAUUAUGGUGUUUGAAUUGCAAGAGAAAUGAGGGAAAAUGUGGUUGUGGCAAGUGAGGGAAUGUGAGGAGGAGGUGGAAAAAGAAGAAGAAGGAGAAAAGAAGGGGUUGAGUAAAUGAGUAUUUUGAAACAUGGGGUGUGUGUUUGGGAAAGAAGCAUCAAAGAGGAAAGAGGAAGUAGAUGUUCCAAGAGCAGAAGAGGUUGUGGUUCAGAAUGGUGGGAAUGUGAAGGAGGGUCGAGAGGAGGAGAAGAGCAAGAGGCCGAAAGGGGAGAGAAGGCGAUCUUCGAAGCCGAAUCCGAGGUUAAGCAAUCCACCUAACCAUGUACAUGGCGAGCAAGUGGCUGCAGGGUGGCCCUCUUGGCUCUCCAAGGUUGCUGGGGAAGCUAUAAAUGGAUUGGUCCCUAGAAGAGCUGACACUUUUGAGAAGCUUAAUAAGAUUGGACAAGGUACAUAUAGCAAUGUUUACAAAGCAAAGGAUACUAUGACAGGGAAAAUUGUAGCUCUAAAGAAGGUUCGCUUUGACAAUUUAGAGCCCGAGAGUGUGAAAUUCAUGGCCAGAGAGAUUCUCAUUCUACGCCAUCUGGAUCAUCCCAAUGUUAUCAAACUAGAAGGUUUAGUGACUUCAAGGAUGUCGUGCAGUUUGUACCUUGUGUUUGAAUACAUGGAUCAUGAUUUGGCUGGACUUGCUACAAGCCCCACAAUUAAGUUCACAGAGUCUCAGGUUAAAUGUUACAUGCAUCAGCUACUUUCUGGACUGGAACACUGUCACAACCGUCAUGUGCUGCAUCGUGAUAUAAAGGGGUCAAACCUUCUUAUUGACAGUGAAGGAGUUCUUAGGAUUGCUGAUUUUGGAUUAGCUUCUUUCUUUGAUCCCAAUCAGAAGCACCCCAUGACCAGCAGGGUGGUUACUUUGUGGUAUAGACCUCCAGAACUUCUCCUUGGAGCCACUGAUUAUGGUGUAGGAGUAGACCUAUGGAGUGCUGGCUGCAUUCUUGCUGAAUUGUUGGCUGGCAAACCUAUUAUGCCUGGUCGAACUGAGGUGGAGCAGCUACAUAAGAUAUUUAAGCUCUGUGGUUCUCCAUCUGAUGAAUAUUGGAAAAAGUCAAAGUUGCCACAUGCUACCAUUUUUAAGCCCCGACAUUCAUACAAGCGGUGCAUAGCAGAGACAUUUAAGAAUUUCCCAGCGUCAUCCUUGCCACUAAUUGAGACCCUUCUUGCAAUCGAUCCAGCAGAACGUCAAACUGCCACAGCUGCAUUGAAUAGUGAAUUCUUUACAACAAAACCUUAUGCCUGUGAACCCUCUAGCCUUCCGAAAUAUCCUCCCAGCAAGGAGAUGGAUACAAAGCUACGGGAUGAAGAAGCUAGAAGAUUGAGAGUUGCUGGCAAAGCUAAUGCUGCUGGCGUCAAGAAAUCACGUCCACGUGAUCGAGGUGGCCGGAGAAUUCCCGUUGCAGAUGCCAAUGCCGAGUUGCAAGCAAAUAUCGAUAAAUGGCGAUUGGUAACACAUGCAAAUGCUAAGAGUAAGAGUGAGAAGUUUCCUCCUCCUCAUGAAGAUGGAGCUCUAGGCUAUCCUUUGGGUUCUUCACAUCACAUGGAUCCGAUUUUCGAUCCUCCUGACAUUCCAUUUAGUUCCACAAACUUGUCAUAUCCUAAAGCAGACAUCCAAACCUGGUCUGGCCCAUUGGUGGAAACUUGUGUGGAUGCACCAAGGAGAAAGAAGAACAUGGCUGGGGAUAGGCACAUACAAUCAAAGGUGUCAAAGAAGGACUCUUAUAGAUAGAAUGUGUCAAGAAUAUUAAAAAAAAAUUAAAAGAAUUGCAAUAUAACACCAAUUAUUUUUCACAAGCAUUGGUGAAGCUGCUAAAAUGCUGCUGAUUCAUUGUCUUACUUCUAGUUGGUAAAGCCAUUGGCACCAGUGGUAGAAGAUAUUGUAUCUUUCCCAAUGAUCAAAGGUUUAUUCUCUAUCUUGUGUAACAAUCAACAUAAUUUUCCUCCUUUGUAUUUUUAAUCAUGUGAAUUAUGCAAAAUUUUAUACAGACUUUUCCUUUAGACUUUCUGAUUUUCUUUUUAAGUUUUGCUAUAUCAUUAUUCAACUUCUAGUUGGUUAUGUUUA